AAAUGUAAAAAAAAUUAAAAAUCUGAAAAAUGCAAGCAACAAACCAUACAUGGACUGUGACUAAAGCUGCCGGUAAAACGUGUAAUGUUUUAUUCCAAUUUGUAUUUGGGAGAUUAUGUUUUAACCUUAGGUUUAGAAUUCUGUGAGGUUCAUAUUAAUAGAUUCUAUCUGCUCAGGGAAAGGACCUCUCCAUCAAAGGGUUUUGGCUUACAUUUGAUGGCACCAAGUGAUAAGAGGAUUACUGAGGGUCUGCGUUUUGCAGAUUGUUUAAGGACAGGGUGCACUUCAAUGAUCAUUAGUUGAGUGUAUCAGACUCUGUGUAUUGCAUCAGUGGUGCUACUGCCUGCAGCCCGGACAGUGACAAUUACACAUAAUCAUCCCUUCGCCUCCUGCUUCAGUUUAAUACAGAAGCAGUUAGGUCAGAGCAGCUUGCUCCGCUGCGCUUAAUCUCUCUAUUAGUUUGAUAAAGGGUUUUAAUAUCUUGCCUUUUGGGCGUCCAGUUAUUGAAAAUGCAAGUGAAUUUAAUUGAGAUAUAAACAGUGAUAUCACCUCCACUUUAGGACUCUAAUGUAUUCAACAAAUAAUAAUAUUGCCUCUUAUGAAACACGUCAGCAAACCGCCCAGUGGGCGUGUAAAGGCUGCACAGCACUGGGACUCGGCUGGAGGCAGCGAGAGUCGGUCUGACAGGUGGACUGACAGCGCGUUAGUUUCAGACUGUGAUCAGUUGCUCCUGGAGUUAUCUUCUGGUUGGAAUUGCUUAAUGAAGCGUCAUAUGGCAGAUCAGUCGUUGAAGUUGAGCCCUUCAUGAUGCUGCAGCAGGUUCUGACCCGACCCCGACGGCAAGUCCUGCGAGGAGCAGGUUGCCUGUUUGACUCCCAGUCCUCCUCCUGCGUCCCCGCCACUGAGGAGCUCUUCUUAGACGCUGCAGAGUACGGCAACCUCCCCGAGGUCAGGAGGCUCCUAGAAGGACUGCCACAGCUCGACAUCAACUGUGUGAACUACAUGGGCCAGAACGCGCUGCAGCUGGCGGUCGCCAACGACCACCUGGAGGUGACGAAGCUCCUGCUCAAGGAGAAGAACCUCUCUAGGGUGGGGGAUGCUCUGCUGCUGGCCAUCAGUAAAGGCCACAUCCGUAUAGUGGAGGCCAUGCUGAGCCACCCGGCCUUCUCAGACAGUCAGAGCCUCAGUAACAGUCCCAGCCAGGUGCAGACACACCACGACUUCUUCGCCUACGACGAGGAGGGCACACGAUUCUCCCACGACAUCACUCCCAUCAUCUUAGCCUCCCAGUGCCACCAGUAUGAGAUAGUGCACAUACUUCUGGUGAAGGGGGCCUUCAUAGAGCGCCCCCACGACUACUUCUGCCAGUGCGGGGUCUGCGGCGAGCAGCAGAGGCGGGACUCCUUCAGCCACUCGCAGUCUCGCAUCAAUGCGUACAAAGGUCUGGCCAGUCCAGCGUAUCUGUCCCUGUCCAGCAAAGACCCCGUGGUGGCAGCUCUGGAGCUGAGCAACGAGCUUGCAUGUCUGGCCAGCGUCGAAAAGGAGUUCAAGAAUGAUUACAAGAAACUGUCCAUGCAGUGCAAAGACUUUGUGGUGGGACUCUUGGAUUUGUGUCGAAACACGGAGGAGGUUGAAGCCGUCUUGAAAGGGGACACGGAGUCUUUCCAAACUACUGACAGACGAAGCCUCAUCAGACUAAAACUUGCAAUAAAAUAUGAAGUCAAAAAGUUUGUGGCGCAUCCAAACUGCCAGCAGCAGCUUCUGGCGAUCUGGUACGAGAACGUGUCGGGGCUGCGUCAGCAGAGCACGGCGGCGAAGCUCCUGCUCGUCCUCGGCCUGGCAGCGGGUCUGCCCGUCCUCGCAUUGAUGUACUGGCUCGCACCGUCCAGCAAGCUGGGGAAGCUCAUGUGUGGGCCCUUCCUCAAGUUCGUGGCUCAUGCAACCUCCUGCUUGACGUUUCUGUGUCUCCUGGUCCUGAACGCGGCCGACCGCUUUGAGGGGACCUCGCUGCUGCCAAACAUGACCGCCCACGAUCACCCUUUACAACUGUUUCGCAUGAAGACCACCCCCUUCACCUGGAUGGAGAUUCUCAUAAUAUCCUGGGUCAUAGGGAAGAUUUGGGAAGAAUGUAAAGAUAUUUGGUCCCAGGACGUGCGUGAAUACGUCUCAGAGCCCUGGAACCUGCUGGAUUUCAGCAUCUUAGCCAUUUUCAUGACCUCCUUCGUUGCCAGACUGAUGGCGUUCUGGCAUGCGUAUUCUGCCCAGUGCUACGUUAACAAGCACUACACCGAUCUGACCAACGUGACCCUGCCCCAUGAGAUCCAGUACUUCCAGCUGGCUCGAAUCCAGUGGACGCCGUCGGACCCGCAGCUCAUUUCCGAGGGCCUCUACUCCAUCGCCGUGGUUCUGAGCUUCUCUCGCAUCGCUUACAUCCUGCCCGCCAACGAGAGCUUCGGCCCUUUGCAGAUUUCUCUGGGAAGAACAGUGAAGGACAUUUUUAAGUUCAUGGUGAUUUUCAUCACAGUUUUUGUGGCGUUCAUGGUGGGAAUGUUCAAUCUGUACUCCUACUACCUUGGAGCCAAGCCAAACAACGCCUUCACGACGCUGGAAGAGAGCUUUAAAACAUUAUUCUGGGCCAUUUUUGGCUUAUCAGAAGUGAAAUCAGUGGUUAUUAACAUCAACCACAAGUUCAUCGAGAACAUAGGCUACGUUUUGUACGGCGUGUACAACAUCAUCAUGGUGGUCGUCCUGCUGAAUAUGCUCAUAGCAAUGUUCAACAGCUCCUUCCAAGAAAUUACGGACGAUGCGGAUGUUGAGUGGAAGUUUGCCAGAGCUAAACUCUGGCUCUCGUACUCGGAGCGCGGUGGCACGCUGCCUGUGCCCUUCAAUCUUGUACCCAGUCCCAGCUCUGUUCUUUCUCUCCUACGGGCGAUCAAGGAAUUCUUUUGGGAUGCACCUCCAACAAAAAGCAAAGAAGAUUCAAAGGAUGAGGUGGAGCUCAAAAGGUUGAGGCAACAUGAGGAUCUGAAUGUGGAAGCAUCACUUUGUCCAACUCAUCACCAAAAGAUAAUGGAUCGUCUCAUUAAGAGAUAUAUCUUAAAAGCGCACCGAGACAAAGACAAUGAUGAAGUGAAUGAAGGUGAAUUCAAGGAGAUCAAACAGGACCUCUCCAGUCUCCGCUUCCAGCUGCUGGAAAGGAAGAAACACGAGGUGGAGGCAAUGGCUGAACUCAUCAGGAACCUGGGAGAUGUGGAUUUUCAGAAGCCAGAGGAGCAGCAGGAGGAGCCCGCUGUUCUAUAACAAUGUACAUCAUUCAUUAACAGGAGCUUUAGACAGAACAGUCCCGUUCCUUUAACCACAUGGUGGCGCUGAUAUACACAGGCUUAGUUACAUUAACAUGCUGAGGGAUGGUGCUGCCUGCUUGCAGUCGUAUUAAUGGUCAGAUUUGUUUUUUUACCGUCUUAAGUUAAGAAGCAGCAGGUUUGGAUGUGUCUGUUGCAGGUUUGAAGUCUAGAAAAUUAAAGUUUGGCUUUGCAACGA